AUGCCUCAAGUUUUACCUGGUGAUGUAACUGGCUUAUACUAUAUUUUAGUCAGCAACCUCCCAUGGUCAUGCACAUGGCAAAUUCUAAAAGACUUCGCACGGAAACAUGAUUCUGAGGGACAUUGCCUUGCAAUCGAACAUGCGCAGGUAUAUCCAGGGUCAACUUGUGGGUGGGUGACAGUGCGUGGAAAGGAGGACUUUCUCAAAGCACUCCGUAAGUUCUUCGAUUAUGAAGAGAUAGGACUAACAGCCGCAGAGCAUUUACAAGGUGGAACUAUGGGAAAUCGAGCGUUGUGUGCAGAUGGCCGCAAUGAAACAAAGCCGAUUCAAGUGCGGGAUCUUGCUAUCCCGUGGACCACCUCAAACUCCUGCGGAAAUGUUUCAAGGACAAGGGCACUCUCAAUACCGACAUCUUCGGUCUCAUCAGCGUCUGCAAUGCCAAUUCAACAGAUACCAUUCGUUCAAAUGGCUCCGUUAACCGAAGGCACAUAUAUCUCUACUUCUACAUCAGCCAAAUUUAAUGAUCGAGGCUUGACUCAGAUUCAACAGAUACAAAGUAUUGAAAUGUAUCCAAAUGUGCCAGUACCGCUCAACUAUCCAUCUAUGUUGUAUGCCGGUGAUAUGGCACCAGAUACGCCAGUAUACAUACAACCUUCUCCACAGUCAUUCGCAGCAUCUCCUAUCUCUUACAUGACUCAACGAUCUGACAAAAUGAAAAUUGUAAGAAGCAAAGUCAUCAUUACCCAGCUUCCUCGAGAGACAUCGACCUCUUACCUAAAAACUCACUUGUACAAUGUCAUAAAAUCGAAAUAUCGCGGCAGUCCAUCCACAGAAAACCCUCUUGAUGCUCUACACAAUAUGAUUAUCGAAAAGCAUCCAGAUGGGAGGCAAAAGUGCCAUACUUUCCUGAAUUUCGACACGCAUAACAUGGCCCAGGAUAUGGUGGAAAUGCUUGACGGUUUGGUAUUUUGUGGAAAGGUUCUGCGGGUAAAGCUUGCAAAGGAAGGGGCAGAAACCAGAGAACGGCGGCAAGAUAUCAAACCCUCCAAAGCGAAACCUAUAGCAUCUCGGGGGAAGAAAGCGGGGAGACCCAAGGAGAUCAGGGGGAGAAAGGUGAAGACAAUGGAAGAAAGAGAGAGGGAUAGAGUUUUGGCAGUCAGGUCUAGUACUGUAGCUGCAGUAGCUGCAGUAGCAGCGCGAGUCAAGACAGAGACAGAUGCAACGGUGAAGUCACCUAUGGUGGUGAACGGAUCGACUCCGGAAAGUAACUUCAGGUGA